AUGAUGAAAGGAGGUAACAAACUGAUGAAGCUGAAGUCAGUUUUCAAGAAGUUCAACACCAAGCCGAACCACCAACCACCGACUCCGGCCUACCACGGUCACUCCUCAUCCGUGAGUGCAUUUCCCUUAGAAGACCUUCACACCGUCUACGUCGGAAGAACACGGCGUCAGUACCACGUGAGCUCUGACGUUGUGAGCCAUCCGCUCUUCCAGCAGCUAGCGGCUAUGGAUGGUGGAUGCGGCAGCGAGGACGGUUCGAUCGUUGUGUCUUGCGAGGUUGUCUUGUUUGAGCAUCUGCUUUGGAUGCUUGAGAACGCUGACGCCGACGAUUCAUGCCCCGAGUCGGUUCACGAGCUCGUUGAGUUCUAUGCCUGCUAA